GCUGCAGCCUCCCGCCGCGGGGACUCGGUGCCGGGCGGCUGCUGGCGGCGCUUCCCGUCCCGCCAGCGUCCUGUCCCGGCGGCGGCGAUGUCCGGCGGGGGCAGCCGGCGGCGGGCCGGCCCCUCCUGGCACAGCACCUUCUCCCGCUUCUUCUCCAGGAGCACCCCCGGCGAGGGGACGGCGGGCGCCAACAGUUCUGAAAACAAAGGAAGUGAAGCCAUAAAUUUAAAGAGCAACCAAAAGGAAAGCACAACUCAGCCUGCACUUUUGAAGGUUUGUCAAAAUGAAGAGAAGAAUCAUUCCACAGAAGAGCUUAGCAAGUCUGAAAUCCAGGAGGAGCUGAAAAAGGCUAACAGCCUUCCUAGUUUGACUCCUGGAAUCAAAACAUCAGAUAAAGACAAGCAACCCCGAGAAGGCUUUUUUCAUUUUCUUGGAAGCUUAUUUAAUAUUGCAACAAAAUCUUCUUUGGUGGAAUCUAAACCUUCUACCUUUCAAGAUGAACCCAACAGAUGUGAAAAGGAUUUACAGAACACAAAUACCCUUCCGGAGAACGUGCAGCCAAAGCAUCUGAAAAUUGAGGAGCCUAUCUGUUCUACAGCUAGAAUAAAAGAAGAUUCUGUAAAUAAAGAUGAUGCCAUCUUAAAUAGUAUCAGGAAAGAUAUCUCACAGGAUCUGCAGGGAGGCUGGAAACGAUCUGCCGAUGCACAAAAGCAGAUGCAACGGAAGCCAGAAGCACCCGCAGUCACUUAUGCAACAUAUCGAGGUUCUGCAAGGAUCAGGCAGCUACUGAAGAAUCAAACAGAAAUGGCUGAAAAAGGAGAAGAAAGUGCUGAGAACAGAAAUGCUCCAAUGAUCAAAGAAAAUGGAGAAAUCCAAGCAACUGUCUCUGCGAAAUCAGGACACUUAAUAAAAGAAAACAGGGAAGAUGAGGGUAAAGAUCAUGAAGAUGAUACCGUAGUAAAUACUUCUGCAGUUAAGGUGGGAAGGAAGAAGUCUGGUAAAGCUCAGCACUGCUUAGGUAGCAGUAAACAUGAAAUAACUGCAAAGGCCACAACUUCAUCUACUGAAUCGUGUUCUGAGAUAAAUUUAAAACAUACGCCUGCUUUAGGCGCAGCAAAAGUUAAAAGGACAUAUUCGCUAGAUUCAUUAUUAUCAUCUAGCAGUAGAAACGGUGAGAUCCUAACCAAUUCCACUUCCCGGAUUACCAGUUCCCUUAAAAUGAGCUCUGCAAACGAUUUGGUUGGAAAAGAAGACAGGCUGCUGAGAGAGACAGAAGCGCUGUUUCAGACAGACCAAAAUGGCACUGCUAACUUUGAUAAAGAAAACGAUUGUAGUAAAACAGCUAAUACGGAGUCCACAAAAGAAAUGCAGGGUGAUUGUUUACAUUCACCCAAAUCAAAAAGUAAGGCAGUUAAUGAAGAGCUACCGGUGAGUAAGGGAGAAUUUUGUUGUAGUCAUCAAACAGAUAGUCACUCAGAGCUAUUGAAUGGCCAGAUACUUCGUCCCAGUACCACUGCGUUCCAGCUGCUAGGAGAUCAGCAUAUAGGUAGUGCAAAUAAAGAUAGUGAUCCAAGAAAAAGUGAUACACAGAAAAUUGUGGCUGCUGUAGAAAGACAGCAAGAUCCACAGAGCUCUGUUGCUACUGUUCUUUUACCUUUUAAUGAACAAAUACCCACUUCACUUAGCAUGGAGUCCAGAGGAGAAUGCAUAGCCACAGGUAAUCCAGCUACUUCAGUGUCAUCUACUAAAAACAAUGAAGAUAUGGUCAAGGACAAGGGGACUUGUAAUGAAGAACUAAGUCAGUUAGGGAAACCAGUGCAUGUACGAAAUGAUCACCAAUUGAUCACUGCGGAGAGUUCCAAGAACACUGCCACACAGCAGACUGGUUUACCUUGUCUAGAAACUGAUGGUGUGGAAACAAUGAAGGUUUUAUCAGAGGCUGCAGUGGAAAACCUUGCCAGUGUUCCAUCCUGCAUACAAGGGUGUGGAAGUGUGAUGCCUAACUUCAGUGAGCUGGCAGCGCCUCUGUCUUGUGAGUCUUCUUUUGAAAUUGGAGGCUGUUGCUUACCUUCUGUUAAUCUUAGUUGCAAGUUCAAAAAUAAAACUAUAGGGGAAAGAGAAGUCAGUUUAAAAGAUGUACGAGAGAUGCUUUCUUGUCCUGAUCUUGACUAUGAGAAGAGCGAAUCCUUUGAGCCUGUAGAGGUGAACCUCUCAGAAAACUCUAUGCAUGUCCACGACCAUGGUCCUGUUUCCCUUGAAACUGUUGAAGACGUUCAUGCCAAAGCACUAGUUAUACUCACAGAAGACAGCACAGUAAAGCCUGCAUCUUGCCCUUUAGUCACUGUUGACAGGACAGACAACGGUACUCCUGCUGCUUCUAAAAUUGACAAGACUCGUAUGACGGCGGUUGCUCUUGUUCCUUCUGAGUGUAAAGAUGACAUCUCUGAACUUUCCUCUUACAUUUCUAAGUCACAGGAAAAAAAUCUGGAGGUUUCUCAUUCUGCCUUGAGAUCUGGAGGAAGACCUUUGACCAACCAUUCUGGUUUUGUCUUUGAAAAAGACGUUGAUGUAGACAUCAUUUCUGAAUCUCCACCUGUUUCUGAGGAUAGGUGUAUUAAUUUUUCUUUGAAGAAGGAAAACAGUAAUAAGCCUAGGAUACCACCCACAGUACUUGAUGUUUCAACUGACCACCAAGCAAAAAUGCCUUCUCCUGCCACGAACUCUGAAAGUGGCCAGAUUGCUAGAUGGUCUGCUGCUUCUGAACAGCACAGCUUUAUUUUUCCAGGUGCUGAGUGUAGGAGAAUAAUCUCUGAGGACAGAAUGACCAAGGUGCCACUUUGCUCAGGAGAUCUGAGAGCUUUGGGCCCAGGUGGUUCUCUGGAACCUGAGCUCACUCCAGUUUUGCUUGAUGGCUCUGCUGCUGGAGUAGAUGUGGGGGGUGUUUGCAUCCCCAGGCCCACUUCACCUACUCUGGGAUCCAGAGAAGCCUCCAACCUUUCCGUUUCUGCCUUGGAAAUGUUAGGCAUUGCUCAGGGGCACCGCAGUUCUUACAGUCGAAGAGCUAGUGGUGGGGCAGAGGAGGCUUCCUCCACACAGCAGGCUGACAGUAGUGUCUUGGCGGAGGCAAUGCCAUCACCCGGCUGUCCUGUGAAGUCUUUGGAAAUGGCAGACAAGUCAGCUUGUUCCGAGAGCACGUGCAAAAAUGCUGUGGGACGGGUGAUGCUGGGUAACAAUGCUUCUGCCAUCUCAGAAGUCCCUUCUGUAGUGGAUGAUCAAACACCCGCUGCACUUACGGAGUCAAAUGAGCUCUGUUCUGAGGAAGUAUGGGAAGGUAACAAUGUGAAGGGACAAGAACGUGCUGAAUUCCAAGAUGCUGUUUUGUUUAAAAAAGCUGAGGAAAUAGUGGGCUCAGUUUUACACUUGGCUAUAGAAGAAAUAAUAGCAAAGCAAGCCACUGGUGUCUGCCAGCUUUCUGGGAGCAAGGAUAGUUUAGUAAAUACAGAUACUCUAAAUGAUCAGAAAGCUGAAACUGUACAGCUGGAAGCGGAAGAAAUCCAGUCAGCUGUGCAGUCAUUAAGACAUUUUAAUGAGAGCAGUGGAAAAGGCUCAUCUUCAUUUACAGGAAAUGAAAUGGUGGAUACAAAUAAUCAAGAUGAAAAGAUAAUAUCUUACAUCCCUGAUAAAACUGAUCUGCAUAAUGCACUAGCACUGAAAGCAAAAGAAACAAUUGAUGAAGUUGUUAACUCAGCCAAACAAAACCUGAUAUCCAAUCAGUGGCAAGGCAGUGAGAAUAAAAGGCCGCCUGAAAAGGUUGAUCCUAAACCAAAGGCUGAAACACCAAAGAUUUUAAACCUGGAUGUGAAGUUACCUGCCAAGUCACAGGAACCGACAGGGAAGAAGGAAACUCAGGAUGUAACUGUAAACUGUGAAAAGGCAGAUUGCUCAGGUCCUCCUUUGCUUCCAAGUAGUGUGGAAAAUGGCAUAGAUGGCCUCCAAAGAGGUGAAAAGAUACCAAAUAAUGCAUUCACUUGCCAAACAAAUGGAUUUCUGCCCACUGGCAGUUCAUCAAGGCCAGAAUUGGAACUCAUGACACCAGCAAAAGAGAGACAGAAUAGAAAAGUGUGUGAACAUCUGGCUGCAGUAGAGGUGUGUGGCAAAGCUGAGGUAUCGGUGACUAAUGGGAAAUCUGAUAGAUCUUUACAUUUAAUACAUAGAGAUGCUACCGUGACUGAAGCGAUGCUUCUGUCGUUGCAGUUAAAGGACUCGUGCAAUAAUGCAAAUAUGCCAGACUGCACAUUGCUGCCAGCUGUGAAUGUUAAUUUGUUAUCUUUUACGCCUGAUGAAGAAUGUAUUGGCAUGCAGAAUGAAUCCAAAGACAAAAGCAGUCCUCGGGGGUCCCUGGAAAGCAGUGCAGAGGACGGUCCAUAUGAAGACUGCGGAAGAGAGGCUGCAGCACAGAUAAAAGCAACCUUAGAAGAUCCAAAGGCAGUGGACAGUAAAGAGGAACUAGCAAAAGGGGCAAGUGAGGUAGCAGAGGUUAAUACGGGAUUAAAUGCACGAUUCAUUGUACCUGAAUUGUCUGUUACUGGAGAGGACAGUGAAAGAGAGAACUGCUUCAACACAGACCGUGCUCAAAGUAAUGAGAAUCUGAAGCUGAUACAAAUGAAGGAUCAAGACAGCAAGAGAAAUGAUCAGCUUGAAGAAAAUGGUCUGGACUGCAGUGACGACGUGAAGGAACCAACAGAUCUUUUGGCCUCUUCUCCACUAAUUGAACAGUGGGAAAACAGUUCUUUUACUAUCAUUUAUGAAGGUGCCCUUCAAACUGAGAACAAAUCUGUCCCGACUGAUGAUAUGCAAACUGAUUCACUUUCUUCUUCUGAUUUGCCUUCAGAUAAUAUAGAUCAUCUAAUGUGUGAAACAGUGAAGAAUAAAUGUGAGCCAGCCUGUCUUUAUGGGAAGGAUAACAAGUUGAACGAAGCAACCGACAGCCGUAGCACAGAAUCGUUUCUGAGUGUGGAGGCCAGGCGCUAUAGAGUAUAUCCUUUCUCUUUGUCUCCAAUAUACGAAGAUGACAGCUCCCAAGAAGACUUACUUUCCACAGAUGUGUCACCAGAAGGCCAUCCUAGUGGAAUAUCUAAAGAUAACACUGACCAUGCUUCUGUGCUCUCCCUUCUCCAGUCAGUUUCUGAGCGCUUACAGUUUACUACUCGGUUCAGUAAAGAGGAGGAGGGAGUAGAGGAAGAGGAGGAAGAGUCAUCGUCAUAUGAAGAAAAUAUGCUUGAUGCUGAGAAAGAAGACAAUUGUCUUUCCAGUCAGUGGAGAGGGAGUUUAGAAACCACGUUUCCAUCAAAUGACCAAAAUAGAUCUUUGUUUCCUGAACAGUCACCCUUUCUUUCUAAAGGACAACUUGACUCUAAGGAACAACCAGAACUGUUUCCAGAUGCAGCUUCCCCCAGUGAAACACCUUGUAAGGCAGUUUCACAGAAAGCUGAUGCUGCUCCGAAGCAUCCUCCUACAAGUGUGUACUACCAGUAUUUGAAAUCUGCCAGCAAUUGCCCCUCGGAGAAGGGGACCAGGUUUGGAAGCAUUCUCCAGGAUAUGUUGCAGCCAAAGAUUCAUUGGUCUCAAGACAACACUAUGCCAAAACUGGGAGAACUGUCAGCGAACCUCAUUGACAGGGCAAGUCUCAAAUAUAAUCCAAGACCGGGAAAGAUUAUUAUUUAUGAUAUUUAUGGCAACAAAAGUAAACAAGAAGUUCAUUCUGAUGUGCUAGAUGCCACAUCCUGGAUCUUUCCCAUUGGAUCAUUACUUAGGAUAAUUAGAGGAUGUUGGAUUUUUUAUGAGAAACCAAAGUUCCAGGGUCGGAAACAUGUACUGGAAGAAGGAGAGGCGGUGCUGGAUUACCUUUGGGAUUUUCCAGGCAUGAAGCAUCAUCGAAGAAACCUUACAGUUGGUUCGAUCAAACAUGUAACAAAGGGCUGCGGCGUUCCAGAGGCAGAAUUCUGCCCGGCAGCUGGCAGUACGGAGGGACUCCCUAUCUGCAUACAGAGUGCAGUUGCCAAUUUAGAAGAACUGGAUGUUGAGAAAAACCCUUAUAUAAGAGUCAAAUCAGGAGUAUGGCUUGCUUACUCAGACUUUAAUUACAAAGGAGAGAUGAAGGUUUUGGAGGAAUGCGAUUCACCAUCUGGAAUUCCUUCAGCAGAUGUAAAAUCUCUGCGUCCCUUAAAAAUGGGUGGACUAAAAGUACAAAUGCCAAUGAAUGUCAAGAUAAUAAUAUAUGAGAAAACCCACUUUGGAGGAUGGUCCAAGGAGUUUUCGGAGAACAUCAGUUCUGUCCCAGCUGUGUUUGGUGGUGAAGAGGAGUUUCAGGAAAUUGGAUCAAUACGUGUAAUUGGUGGAGUAUGGGUUGCCUAUGAUAAAGAACGCUACAAAGGCCAUCAGUACUUGCUGGAGGAGGGAGAUUAUGAAGACAGACACUCGUGGGGGGGAACUGACAGUGUCCUCCUGUCUUUCCGGUUCCUUCAGGCUGAUUUCAUAGAGUCGUCAGUGGCACUUUUUCAGUCUGAUGAUGAAGAUGGGAAAACAUUAGACGUUGUCAAUGAAGAAAUCCCUGAUUUGGAGGAGACUGGAUUUGGCCCAGAGACGAGAUCGAUUCUUGUGAGAAGUGGAGUGUGGGUCGCCUAUCGGCAGAAAUACUUCUGUGGAGAUCAGUAUAUAUUGGAGAAAGGAAAAUAUAAAUGUUUCUUUGACUGGGGAGGAUCUAGUAAAAUCAUCAUGUCAAUUCGACCUGUUAAGUUGGAACCACUUGGGACGAAUGAGCCUCCACAUUUGCUCAAAGCUUUCAGUAAUACACAUUUCCAAGGAGCAUGUAUAGAUUUCACAGCAGAAGUUUCUGAUUUUACAUCAUUCAUACCAUGUUCUUUUAAGGUUCUGCGGGGAUGUUGGCUCCUGUAUUACCAGGGGGAAAUCACUGACAAUCACUGUGUGCUGGAAGAAGGCCUCUACGUUGACCUCAGUUCCUGUGGCUGCCCGACUGCUGCAAUCAAAUCCCUCAAGCCUAUUCAAUACGUUUUUGCUGAGCCCUCCAUCAGUCUGUUCGCUCUGGAAUGCUGCAAGGGCAGAGAGCUGCACUUCACCGAACCCAUCAAUUCUGUUUUGAAUGAGGACCUUCAUUUUUACACUCAGUCUGUAUGGGUGAGAAGUGGAUUGUGGAUUGCAUACGAGGGAUGUAAUUUUUUAGGAAAGCAGAUUCUGCUGGAGCCCAGUGAGAUUUCAAACUGGAAUGAACACAGUGGCUGGAAAGUAAUUGGCUCCCUUCGUCCUGUUAAGCAGCCAGCAGUGUACCUCCGAGUGAGGAACCGAGCCCAAGGUAAAUACCUGACGGUUGCUGGAAGCCUCACGGAUAUAAGAGCAACCUCAGUGUGCGCAUCCCCGUACAACGGCAAGAACACCCAGAUCUGGCACUACUGUCGUGGACUCUUCAAAUCCAAGGCUAACAACGCUUGUCUGGAUGUCAUUGGUGGCAGAGAUGUGCCUGGGGCCAAAGUCGCGCUCUGGGCAGAACAUGGGAAGGACAGGCAAAAGUGGAGACUCAAUGAGGAUGGAACCAUCAGUUCAUACCUCAGCGAACAACUGGUGCUCGAUAUUAAAGGAGGCAGUUACUAUGACAAGAAUCACAUCGUUAUGAAUCAGCCGAUAGACGACAAAUGUUCACAAAAAUGGGAUAUUGAAAUACUGUGAGUAAAACCCGCCACACAGAUGGACCUUGUGUGGGUAAACACCUGGAGGGGGAAAACAACUACUGAAGUCACACACCACUGGAACCUUAAGCAACAGCUCCUCUCUCCUUUUCUUGGUACCGAGCACCAACUCUAAACCAACUGAAUUUUGCACGGAUGCGGAAGAUGGGAGGUUGUCUUCCUGCGAGGAAGGCGAUUCUUAGAGGCCAUUCUUAUGAAAGUCACUGUUACUUGGCAUCUGAAGUAUUAACAGUAAAGGCAAAAGACUAGACAUCGGGUUUGCAGGUUGUCAGCCACAAGAAGCAAUAUGGGAGAGGCUCUUUAGAAAUGUUGUCUUUGCCUUCCUCUCAGACCGAGGGAAGCAGCUCCCUGAAGAACGAAUGCACUGAUGAGCUUGGAAAAGGUUGAGUUGGACUUCUGUGGCCUGAGUGAAACCGUUUUGGCUUCAAGCGAUCCCGAGGCUCAAAUCGUAUCUCUUGCUAAAAUGCAAUUUAUUUUGUUCAUAAAGACAACUUUGAACUGGAAUUACCAGCUCAGCAUGUGAAAUGAGGCAACAGAAAACCUGCCUCUCACCCCUGCCGCUGCUGGUAGGCCUUUGUCUUCAGUUGUUUUAACCGUACCGGACUGCCAGAGUCAGGAACUGGUCUUGCUGACCCACGGCCUGUUUCCAACCCGUGAAAUCGUGAGUUAUCACUGAAGAUCACCUGGAACGUGGAGCCGUAUGUGCAGGUAUCAGAAGAGAAUACGCGGGCCUGGGUCAGGCUAGGCCUCUGCAAGGGCUAGCUACACUUAGAGCAGUGACGAUUUUAACUCUAGCUGUAUUUUGUUCUGAUGUAUAUAGAUUAAUUUAAUACAAUGUAAUUUGGUCUUGAAAUCAUGUCUUCCUUCAGAAAAUAAUUCACCCUAGUAGGUAUUUUCAAAGGUGCUAGCAGCCUCCCUUUCAACACUUGUUUAACGUUACAAGCUCAGCGUGACUGCAUGUUCCCGUUGCUGUGGCUCAGCCCAGCACAUACACCUCGGCGCAGAGGAUGAGGAUGUUCCUCGACCUCAGCACUGUGCCACCAGCCCUCACGCGAGGCGGAGCUGCAGAGCUGUGUAGGGCUGCCAACACCUGACACGAAGAGGAGUCCCUUAGAUCACUGGUAACUACAUUUGAUUUCAGCAUCGCUAAAUUAAUGUACUUCAUUGAAAAUACCGUAUUUUUUUUUUCCUUAUUUGUAUAUUCAGGGUAUUAUUUCUAGAACUAUUUAAAAAGUUUAAGUUAGCUAAAGACAGGUAUUUUAGUUUCCAAAAGCUGUUAACUAUUCCAGUUGUGCAUUCAAACAGGAUUCAUCCCCAAGCAAAUAAAAACACGUAACCUGAAGUUUGCCACAGAAAUGAAAUAUAUGGAUGUCUAUUUUUGUAUGGAGUUCUAUAUAAUACUAUUUAAAAAAAAAAACAAACACCUAUCUACUUGCACUUACUAUUUUACAUUCAAAAUUUAUCAGAAAUCUGCUGUUUUAAGUAACAGAUCUUCAAAUGUAUGUAUGUAUUUUUCCAACUAAAGCACAUGUUUAGCUUUUUUUAUGUAAGCCAGUCAGUAUAGCAAGUGUUCUACAUGUGUAUGAAAUUUUAAAAGGCUGUGUAGAAAGUUUUAGUCUUCUCAACCAGGAAUGACUAGAUCAUGUUUGGUGUGUCAGUGUUAUAUAACAAAGCAAAGCAGGCUGUUGUACUUAACAGAUCUUGAAUGUAAAAUGCUAAGCAUGUGUAUUUUAAUUGUAUAAAAUAUUUUUUAGGAGAAACA